AUGUUCGCAAACAUAUUCCUCUUAGUCAAGCUAUUUGCACUCAUAAUUCGCCAAUCUAGUGCUCACCUGCGACAGUUUUUUCAUCAUUUAAUCCACCGUCUAACAUAUCGUCCCGGCAUCAAGAACAUCGUGAUUGUUGGUGCCUCAUUUGCGGGUUACAAUGCAGCCCGGCACCUCGUGAACUGCAUACCGUCAGGGUAUCGUGUUGUUAUCAUCGAGAAGAACAGCCACUUCCAACUUACCUGGGUCCUGCCGCGAUUCUGCGUCGUUGAUGGACAUGAUGCCAAAGCAUUUAUUCCCUACGGUUCAUACCUGCGCGCUCCAAAGGACUCGUAUAUCUGGCUGCAAGACACGGUCGAAGAGAUUGCGCCGGGUGAGGAUGGAAGAGGGGGUAAGGUGCGCGUUACUUCUGGAGAAGUCAUUGACUACGAAUACCUGGUUUUGGCGACGGGGUCUUCAGCGGGGCUUCCGUCUAGAGUGGACCAGCAAGACAAAUGUUCGGGCAUGGAAGCGCUUCUGCAACACCGGAAGAAGAUUGAAUCCGCUUCCGAUAUUGUCGUUAUUGGCGGUGGACCUGCGGGCGUGGAGCUUGCAGCGGAUGCGAAGGAGCGAUUCCCUGAUAAGAAUGUCACCCUGAUUCAUUCCCGAAGAACUUUGCUGAAUGAUGGUUUCGGGACAAAGCUACAUGAUGUAAUGAGAAAAGGACUGGAGAAAAUUGGGGUGAAACUGGUGCUUGGACAGAAGCCUGCCAUUCCACUUGGUGUUACAGAAGGCAAUAUCCAACUGAGCGAUGGCAGUGUUCAUUUCGAUUGUUUGAUCAAAUGCACUGGACAAGUCCCUAACACAGAUCUCAUACGCUUCGCAGCAGCCUCCGCCAUCUCCAAGUCAGGUCACAUUCAUGUCAAGCCCUCACUGCAAAUCUCAGAUGACAAGUGCGCUAGUAUAUACGCAGCUGGUGAUGUGAUUGAUGCUGGCGAUACGAAAAAUGGGCGUUCGGCUAUGCAACAAGGACAGGUUGUGGCAGACAAUAUCGUUCGGGACAUCCGCGGCAAGAAACAGAUUGAAUACUGCCAGGAAUGGUGGGAGGGUGCUACUACUCUAACUAUUGGCUUGAAAAAGGGUGUCACGUAUAUCACAGACGGACAGGCUGAGUGGGUGAUUUCGAUGUCCAGGAAAAUUGAGUUGGAUAGUGCCAGGGUGUGGAAAUUCCUUGGAGUUAAGCCUUAUGAGGACCCUGCUGCGGCGAAGAGUUGA